AUGAAAACUUGAAAACCCAAUCCAUUUCCCCGAAUUCUGGUUCUCCCUCAUUUCCUCAUUCCCCAAACACCUUCUCAACCCAGACCCACUCACUCAUUGAUUUCCAACAUGGCGCGAAAAUCUUCUCUCUUCAAACAAACCCUAAUUGCAACUUUCUUCUUCAUCCUCGUCAUCUGGCCUUAUUCACUACCUUCUUCCACACCUCAUUCACCGCUUCCGACCCAUAUUCUUCUGAUGAGGAGCUCGAGUUUUCUUGCGGGAAAAUCUCAACUUUCCCGAGAAACGAAUUGACCCAUCUGGGUUUAGGGGAAAAGUUAAGGUCUUUAUGUAUGAUCUUCCCCAUAAGUUCACUUACGGUAUCAUUCAGCAGCACAGGCUGGCGCGAGGAGGGUCGGCCGUCGCCGAUGUGACCACGCUAAACUACCCCGGCCACCAGCACAUGCACGAGUGGUUCCUUUUCUCUGACCUGGCUCGGUCCGAAUCGGAACGCGUUGGAUCCCCAAUCACCAAGGUGAACGACCCGGAGGAGGCGGACCUUUUCUACGUACCAGUAUUCUCCUCCUUGAGCUUGAUUGUGAAUGCGGGCCGACCUCCUGGGAGCGGAUUGGGGUACAACGAUGAGGAGAUGCAAGAGGCGCUGGUGGAAUGGUUGGAGGGGCAGGAGUAUUGCCGGAGGAACAAUGGAUGGGAUCACGUAAUCAUCGCCGGCGACCCUAACGCACUGUAUCGGGUCGUGAACCGGGUAAAGAAUGCGGUUUUGCUGGUCUCAGAUUUUGGGCGGCUGUGGCCGGUCCAGGGGUCACUGGUGAAGGACGUGAUAAUACUAUAUUCACACAGGAUCAGUGCGUAUACUGGGGGUUUUGGUGUGCAGGAGAGGAAAACGCUACUCUUCUUCAUGGGGAACCGGUACCGGAAGGAGGGAGGCAAAAUUCGUGAUCUGCUAUUCCAAAUUCUUGAAAAUGAAAAGGAUGUUCUAAUAAAACAUGGCACACAGUCAAGAGAGAACAGAAGGGCGGCUUCAAGGGGGAUGCACACAUCAAAGUUCUGCUUGAAUCCUGCUGGUGAUACUCCAUCAGCUUGCAGACUCUUUGACGCUAUAGUUAGUUUGUGUGUCCCAGUGAUAGUUAGUGAUAGUAUUGAGUUGCCUUUUGAAGGUAUAAUAGACUAUAGAAAAUUCUCAGUAUUUGUCGAAACUGUAGCUGCACUUAAGCCUGGAUAUCUUGUUUUGUUGCUGAGAAAGAUACCAGCAAAGAAGAUUAUAGCAUUUCAAAAAGCAAUGGACGAGGUUAGGCGAUAUUAUGACUACACUGAUCCAAAUGGAGCAGUGAAUGAAGUCUGGCGGCAAGUCUCACAAAAGCUACCACUUAUUAAGUUGAUGAUAAAUCGUGAUAGACGGCUUGUCAAGACGGGCUCAAGUGAACCCACUUGCUCUUGCCUAUGUUCAAACCGGACAAGGAUCAUCGGUUCCUUGUGAUGCCAACUCUUUCCAUGAUCUGUUAAAUUUAUACCUGACUGGUUAGGGCAGAAGAGAUUCCACUUAUUCCAGCAGGAUUCAGGCGAUAAUAUAUAUCCAGAAACUCCCAUUUUCUUGAAUAUACAAAUGGCCCUGUUAGGUUUUUGGCCUCACCUGGAUUUGGUGGAAUUUUGGCCAUUACAGAAGUUUUCUCACACGUGCUGUAAGCUGGGUGGUACUUUGAUUGAACAGCUACAAUUGUAAUUGAUUUGUACAUGAUACAAAAUAAAUUAUUUGCACUAUU